GCCAAACUACAACUCCCAGAAUGCACCGGCGCUGAAAGGAAGGGUCAAAUCUCAUUGGCUGACGCUUUUUCUUUGUAAGGACAGAAUGGUCAUGAUCCAUGCACCUGCAAGACAAUUUUUCAAACACCUGACGUGGGGAUUUGUCACACAGACAAAAGUGACAGUGCAAAGGGGACAUGCAAUUUUAUGCACCGUUAGGCAGGAUCAGCUGUCGGCUCGUACCAGUGGAAAUGUGCCACCUGCACAAUCAUUGUGCUCCAGGAGAAAUAUAUAUUCACAUAAAUGCAGGGCACAGUGGCAGAACAGUGCACAUCCUGGAGGGGGUGGUGACAGUAGGAACACCUGUCUAUCCCUUGAGGACAUAGCUCUCCGAAUUAAGGAAGGUCUGUACCGGCGUAUACUAGUUAUGGUGGGAGCUGGUAUCAGUACAGACAGCGGAAUCCCAGAUUUCAGGUCUCCCACAAGUGGGCUGUACAGCAGACUGCAAGAAUACAACCUUCCUUACCCAGAAGCAAUCUUUGAUUUGAGAUACUUCCUUAGGGAGCCACAACCUUUUUUGCAUCUAGCCCGUGAUCUCCUUCCUGGGCAUCACCAUCCCAACACUGCUCAUCACUUUCUGCGCCUUCUCAGUGACAAGGAGGUGCUGCUACGUCUCUACACACAGAAUAUUGAUGGAUUAGAGAGAGCGGCUGGGAUCCCAUCAGAAAAGCUGGUGGAAGCUCAUGGCUCUUUUUCCUCUGCAACAUGCACCAUGUGCCUCAAAUCUUACCCAGGUGAGACUUUUCAGAAAGCUGUGAUGGAGUCUAAAGUUCCCCUCUGUUCUUCGUGUGGUGGUCUAAUCAAAGCUGACAUUGUGUUUUUCGGAGAGCAGCUCCCACCUCGCUUCCUGCUACACCUAACAGACUUCCCCCGGGCAGAUCUCUUGUUUGUGAUUGGUACAUCUCUGGAGGUGGAGCCAUUUGCCAGUCUGGUUUAUGCAGUCCGAGCAUCAACCCCCCGUGUCCUCAUUAACCGUGAUUCCGUUGGACCUUUUGUAAGUGGCCCCCAAGGGCUCAAUGUGCUGGAGCUUGGAGAGGUGACAGCUGGAAUUAAGCAAUUUGUGCAGUUUCUGGGGUGGCAGCAGGAGCUGGAGGAGCUUGAGAAGAAUGGAAAACAACACUAACAGCUUGUAAACUCAGAGGAAAGAGUUCAGUACCGAUCAGAUCCAGGGGGGAAUGAACAAUACCUUAUUUAUCUUGAGUUCAAAAACCACACACAUCCACCAUAGGGAACAAAGGUUAUAAAAAAAAAUGAUGUUUUUUAUGCUAUAUAAAUGAUCAAUGGACCUAACAAUUCCUAUUUAUAAACAUCCAGUACUGUGCUGAACUCAUAUUAUAAAUUACUUUUAAACCUGAAAGAACUGUAUAAUUUGCAUCAGAGAUACUUUUUAAAUACUAAAUCUAAACACCAUCUUUACCAAUCACUCCUAGCUUUAUUAGUUUUAAAGUGCAGAACUACAAUAUCCAGAAUCCUCUGAAAGUCUCUUCCUGUUGUAUCAUGUAGUCAAUAUUCCUUCUAAUAAAUGCACACAAAUUGUGGCUCAAACAAA